UCUCAAUGUAUUUCAUUGUUCACACAGAAAACUUGUGUAGCCUAAUAUUUUAGCAGUCAGCUGGAUUCAAGCAUGGAAUACAAAGAGUUGAUCAUUCUUCUUUUGUUUACAUAUAAGGUUUCGGCAGACCUAGACAUAAGAUGCACAACUGCAUAUUGCACGGAGUACAUUAACAAAACUGGCUGUAGUGAAUUAUCAACCGGUUGCCAAGCCCUCAAUUCCACGAAUCAUGGGACAUUUUUGUUACAUCCUGAUGUUUGUAAUUGCUGUGAUUACUGCCUGACAAAUCUUAUAGAGGGAGAAGGGUGUAUUAAAGGCUUACCAGGUCAGAUACCUCCCAGAGAAAUUUGUGGGCCAGGAUUAGCCUGCCGGGAAAAUGCAGAUGAGGAAGCAACCUGCCAAAAAAUGAUAACUGCCUGUACAUCAGCUCAAGGUGAAUAUGAUACAAAACUAAAUGGAGGGGCAGUGGGAAGUAGCGAAGUACGUCCAAAGUGUGACAACGAUGGCCUGUUUGAAUCUGCUCAUUGUAUUCCAGGUUCUAUAUGUUAUUGUUUGGACCCAACUGGUAACAGAAUUUUCGGGGAAAUACCCUAUUUGAGUCCAUGGAACAAACAAGAAAUGUCUUGCGGAUGCUCAUUAAAUGCUUGGCGAGCUCAAAACACUUUAGACCCGACGCAUGAGAUACCAGUUGCACGUUGCCUUAGUAAUGGCCAAUUUGAUCCGGUACAAUGUUUGACGGCACCCAAUACCACCUGUUUGUGUAUUGACAAAGUUACUGGAGCACCGAUAACAAACAUUGAACCGGUCAACGUUACCAAAUUGGCUGAAGACACCCUUUCUUGUUUUGAUACAACAAUUCACAAAACUGGGACGUUUAACACAAGUUGUGAAGAAGCCUAUGAUACCUUGAUAGCUAGCGGUAUCACCGAUGAAAAACUUCUACCAGUUUGUCAAAUAGAUGGAAAAUAUGCACGCAUUCAAUAUUCGAAAUCUAAGAAAAUUUGUACAGACCCUGACGGACUACAAAUAGAUAACUAUGAAGCUGAAAUUAAUGGAACAGAAGCUACAAUAAUGGAUUGCAAUUGUGCUAGGACACAAUGGAUCUUAAGUGAAGCCAAAGUUACGGAGCUACCAAGUUGUUGUGCUUAUGGGAACUUUGCAGCAUGGCAAUGUCGUAGAAAUGAAUGCUAUUGCGUUGAUUCAAAUGGAGAUCAAAUCACUCGUGAAGUUGACAUCGAUCAUUUGACAGAACUCAGUUGUUACGUGGACACCAACGGAGAUUCGUGUCCAGUCUCAUGAGUUACUAUUACAUAAUUUUUUUCCCCGUUUCCAAUGUACAAAAAGGGAAAAGGCUUCCGGUAUUUGGGAGACACUUAUAUUUCUGAUGAUACAGAGCUUCAAUUCUGCAUAUUAUAUUCUUAGCAAACGUCUGCCAGAGCGCGUUCAGUUAUGAACAGUUGCUGUGAAAGAUUAUAAUGCUAUGCAUCUGUUGAUUUCCUUCCUUCAUAAGCUUCAUCUUAUAAUAACGGUGAAAUGAUUCAAUAUUAAAAGAAUUCCUAAUAAAUAUUCUGAAAUAAA